AUGGGUAAUCGAGGAGCUCGACGAAAUCAAGCUGGUUAUGUUGGUGCAGAUCCAUAUUUAAAUCAAUAUGGAACUGGUUAUAAUUAUGGUGCUCAACCAGGACUUGCUGGAUAUGGACCAUAUACAGGUUAUGGUGCUCAACCAGGCUAUACCAUCACUACACCAGCAUCUGUUGUUCAAGAACCAUGGGCAGUAACGCAAUGGACUGAAUAUUACAUUCCUACAGUAGGCGGUCGUCAGAAACGACCAGUUAUUUAUAUUGCUGCUCCCUUACCUGCAGCCAAUCCAUGCGGUGGUGGUGGUUUAGGCGGUUUCGGUGGUGGUUUAGGUGGCUUCGGUGGUGGUAUGCCAAUGGGAGGCGGCUUCGGUGGUAUGCCAAUGGGAGGUGGUUUCGGUGGAGGUAUGCCUUUGGGAGGUGGUUUCGGUGGAGGUAUGCCAUUGGGAGGUGGUUUCGGUGGAGGUAUGCCAUUGGGAGGUGGUUUUGGUGGAGGUAUGCCAAUGGGAGGCGGUUUUGGUGGUAUGCCAAUGGGAGGUGGUUUUGGUUCCAAUCUAGGUUAUCAAGCAUUACCGAUGAUGACUGUCGCUUAUGGUGGUGGUAUUCCGGGUAUUCCAGCUCUUGGCGGUGGAUAUGGCGGCGGACUAGGUGGCGGAUUCGGUGGACUAGGCGGUGGACUAGGCGGUGGACUAGGUGGUGGUUUACCUCUUUACUAA